AGUAGAGUAUGGGUGAGCAGGCCAUGAUAAGUAAGAUUGCACCCACUAUGUACUUACACAUAGUGAGUGGUGUUGUACGACGGAGAGGAUAGAGAGAAAGAAGUGAGAGUACUGUUGGAGAGAGAGAGAGAGAGAGCGCAGUUGUGGUCGUGGAGAGAUCGGGGAAGGGAGGAGUGUAAGGGAGGUGUCAGUGAGUGGAAGUGUGAGGGGCGCGUGGUGCUUGAGUUGGUGUCAGUGAGAGGCUCGCCAUGUCCUCCUCCUCCUCCUCCACCUCCAAUGGGAAGGUGCGAAGGGUCGUCCUCAGCACAGGUAACAUACUGGAAAUGGAGGAGCUCAUCAAGAAGGCUGGGCAGACCACCAUCGAAGAGCUUCGGGGAAGCAUAAAUACCACCCUCAGCAGCUGGGGAGGCACAAAGGAUGAGGAACAGCCUGGAGAGGUGUUGACCAUCCAACGUGUGGGAAACAAUGCUGAACUGGAGUCCAAUGACACCUCAAGCAACAAAACGACUGUCAAACUGUUUCUCAGCAAUAAUGAUUCCACCCAGGUUGAGGAUGCAAUUAAGACAGUGUCAUCCAGUCUCAACCUGCCUCGCAUUGACUUGGUGAUUGUAACACCACCUGAUGUGAGUGAUGAUGCUACACUGGAGAGUUUGGAACCAGUCUGGAAGGCAUUAGAGGAUGCUGUUGGGCGGGGAGAAGUGUUGUCUCUCGGUUUGGCAGAUGUUUCCUACCAGCUGUUUCGAGAUUUGUACAACUGGGCUAAGGUGAAGCCAACCACUCUGCAAGUAAAUCUUUCUUCCUGCUGUGUGGUGCCCCAGGAGCUUUCUUCUUUUGCCCAACAGAAUGAUGUGCAGGUUCUCACCCACAAUGAUGCUGCAGAAAUAGUUGAUGAAGACAUUGUAUUAAGCAUAACCAAACGACUUGGCUUGACCGGUGCUCAGUUACAGUGGGUGGCAAGACACCGAACAAUCCAGCAAUGCUUUGGAUUGGUGCAGGACAAAGGAUACACAUUGGCACUGGCCUGCAGUGGGUAGUCUGGUGGGGAUUGUUAUUAUCUACAUUUUUUAUAUAAUUGUAGAGUUGUUUUUAGGAUAGAGGUUAUAGUGGAGUAUGUUUUAUUUUAAAUUACAAUUAUAGAUCUUUUGGGAGUACAUAAUGAUCAAUAUUAGCUGGAAGUAAGGACAGAGGAGUUAAUUUUCAAUUAUUCAUGAAAGAAAUGCUGUUAAAACCAGAGAUCAGAGAUGUUCAUGGACUUAGAAGAUGGGAAUGUAUCCUUGUAGUUUAAGUGCUGUUGCUUAUAAAGUCUCAUUUAUAAGACAAUUUUGCACAAUUAUAUUGAAUGCAUGCUGUGCAUCACUUCUUAGGGCACGAAAUGUGAAGUUCAUAAACAACAAGUAUAAAAUUAUAGGGUAAUGCAAUAUUUAUUUUGUUAUAGGGCAUAGAAUCUUGAGCUGAAAGUCCAUAUAUUUUAUAUGGUAUUGUGAGUUCUUCAGUAUGACCUAUAAUGAAGUAGAAUAAUAAACUUUUUCUGCAAGU